UACAAAUCCCAAAAACUCAUCAACUAAGCCGAAAACUCAGUAAUUUUUUUUAUGUGAAAUAAUAUUUGUCAUUUUCCUUUUUCCUUACCAAAGUUUGCCAUGUUCUUUCAACUCAGAUUUCUCUCUUUUUAAUUCCUCUUUCUCUGUUAUCAUCUACUUACCUUACACCCUAGGGAUCUAUCUAUGGCAUUCAAAGUUUUGCAUAUACCGGAAUCGGACUCCAAGUGAUCGAUACCGUGCUUAUUCGCAUCUUUAUGCCAUGGUGGUCUGCAAAUGCCGCAAGGCGACAAAGUUAUAUUGUUUCGUGCACAAGGUUCCUGUUUGUGGAGAAUGCAUAUGCUUUCCUGAGCACCAAAUAUGCGUGAUACGUACUUACUCAGAAUGGGUAAUAGAUGGAGAGUAUGACUGGCCUCCCAAGUGUUGCAAGUGCCAAGCCGUUUUUGAGGAGGAGGCUGGCUCUGAAAAAACUCGGUUGGGUUGCUUACAUGUCAUACAUACAAAUUGCUUGAUUUCACAUAUUAAAAGCUUUCCUCUGCACACUGCAUCUGCUGGAUACGUGUGUCCUUCAUGUUCUACAUCUAUAUGGCCUCCCAAGAGUGUAAAAGAUUCGGCAUCCCGUCUUCAUUCACUGCUGAAGGAUGCUGUUAUGCAGACUGGCAUGGAGAAGAAUUUGUUUGGAAAUCAUCCUGUUUCUCUUAAUACACCUGAGCCUUCUGGUCCUCCUUCUGCUAUUAUGCGAUAUAAUGGGAAUUCAUCAGCCUCUGUGGCCAAAGAUGAAGGAUACUCAGCGGUUGGCCCUCCUAAACUUUCAGUGUCAGAAAUAAUGGAGAUAGAUAGUCCUAGUUCAGCUGAGAAUUACAUGAAAACUUCAAGUCCUGUUGCUCCUAUUGCUACAACACGAAAGGGUACAGUCCAUGCUGAUCGGCAGAACUCUGAAAUCUCCUAUUAUGUUACAGAUGAUGAAGACGGAAAUCGUAAAAAGUAUUCUCGGAGGGGUUCGCUUCGUCAUAAGUUCUUCAGAGCAUUGAUUCCCUUCUGGUCAAGUGCAUUACCUUCUCUACCAGUGACUGCACCUCCUCGUAAAGAUGCAUCGAAUGCAGAUGACAUCCCUGAAGGUCGAUUGAAGCGUCAAAGACCAACACGGAUGGAUCCAAGAAAAAUACUUCUUGUCAUAGCAAUCAUGGCCUGCGUGGCUACUAUGGGUAUUCUGUACUACAGAAUUGCACAAAGGGUUGUUGGGGAGGGAGAUCUGGGCAACGAUGAGCAAGCAGCGCAGCAGUAACUAACAAAACCUAUGAUGAAAUUCGUGAGUGAAAUUGUAGGUAAUUCAGAAUCAUUUUGGCUUCUGUCUGUCCCCUUCAAUCAUGAACUAUUUUAACAGAUUCACUGCUUAAAAAUUGAAUCCAAAUUUGCUGCAACUGACUAGUUUUAGAAACAUUGAGUGAAAAAAGAAAAAAGAAUCCAUGACAUGUCUCAUAGUAAACUUGCAAGGAGGCUAUGAUAUGAUUAAUAAAUAUUCAUGUUAAUAGAAGAUUUUAUGUACA